AUAGCGGAAGGGAGAAUCAGUAUAAAAUGUCUUCAGUAAUCUGCUCGUCGUUGGGUUUCAUUCCCUCCAGACUCAUUCGCAGCCUGACUACUUCGGAUACCUGAACCUUUGGUAUAGAGUCAAAAAAGUCUUCAAAAUGCAGCUUUCUAAGUCUCUUCUCCUCUUCGCAGCUCAAGGCGGCCUCGUUCUAGGCCAGUCCAACAGCACCAACAGCUCGAGCAGUGUACCAUGGUAUCCCCUCAGCACCGACGACCACUUCUCCUUCGUGCUGUUCGAAAUGUUGUCUUUGUCCAACGGCGGUGGUGCGGCGACCGGUGAGGUAAUGCGUGCCGCCUCUCAAAUCGAAGCUGGAAACACCGACAGUUUCUAUAACGAGAUCAAGUUCCUCGCCGACUCAAUCCAUGACAUCGCAGCAUCCAUUAACGAGACCAAGUUCCCCGUGUCUGCGCGUGAGGCCUAUUUUCGAUCUGCUUCUUACUAUAGGUUAUCUGUGUUCUACUUGACCGCCAACCAGACCGAUCCCAGGCUUUACGAUGUAUGGGAUCUCGCUCGUGCCGACUUCGACAAGGCGAUUUCCCUAACAGAAGUGCGAGGUGAGAGGUUGACUCUCAAGGGACCUGGAUUUGAUAUUCCUGUUAUUUUCUGGAAGUCGCCUAAGGCAUGCAAUGGCCCUGUCCCCACUCUCCUGCUUGGCUCUGGAUACGAUGCACCUCAAGAGGACUCAUACCACGCACUUGGUCGCGAAACGCUCGAACGUGGUUGGAACUUCGUCACUUACGAGGGCCCGGGACAGCCGACUGUUCGCCGUGAUCAGGGUCUUGGUUUCAUCCCGAAUUGGUGGGAUGUCGUGACUCCAGUCAUGGACUACCUCGAGACAAGGCCGGAGGUAGAUGCGAAGCGUAUCGCUCUUGGAGGCAUGUCUUUCGGUGGAAUUCUAGCACCUCUUACCGCAACCCGUGAACACCGAAUGGCCGCUGUGCUAGCUAUCGAUGGUCUAAGCAACAUCCAAACAACAGCGGCGAAGACGUUCCCCGCAGUUGCAAUCCAGCUUUUCAAGAGCGGCAAUCAAACAGCUUUCGAUGCGUACAUGAACGCGGCACGCGUGAGCCCGCAAGCUCCUACCCUUUUCAAAUGGUUUAUUGGCCAAGGUCUAUGGACCUUCGAUACUGAGAGCCCUUAUGAUUGGUUCAAGAGACUCGGUGACAUCAACCUCGACGGCGACAAACUUAAGAAUGUCACUUGCCCCGUUUUCGUUGGUAAAGGUGAAAAUGACGCAUUGGCUGGUGGUCAGGAGCAACAAGUGGUCGAGGCUUUGGGCAGCAAGGCGUACCUUUAUGAGUUCAAGACUGCCCUUGGCGCCGGCGAGCAUUGUCAACUAGGGGCCGAGCCCCAGCUUGCGCAGGCUAGUCUUGACUGGCUUGCAGAAGUGUUUGAAGGUGUAGCUUAAUAACUUUCUGAAUUGUGCAGGCCUAUACCCAUAUAGGUACACACUUUUGUGUAAAUAGGAUUACUAAUCCAAAGGGAAAAUGUAAUAUCAUUACCUUCAUUGGGCGGCCUCCCAAGUUGCUCGUGGGAUUUUCCCGGCAAUUCGAGCGUUGUAGCUC